AUGAGUGCCAUACCCAAGAAAUGGGAAUGGGCUGACUGUAGAGCCCGUAUAAAGACCAAUAAUCUCUAUGAUCAACCAGGUGCCCAAGAUGAGGAAAAUAAUAGAGGGAGUGGAUUGUAAUAGGUAUUCAGAAAUCCAGAGGAAGAAAAAUAAUAUACUCUAUUUGAUUUUGAUCCCUCUAUUGUUCUCACCAAUCCCUUGAGAAAUGGGGAGGAAGAGCCAGAAGUAGAACUAUCUAUUGAAAUGGAGAGGAACUUUUUGGUAGAUGAGGGCAGCUAGUGGACCUGGCAUAAAUCUUGGAACCUACCUAAUAUUUCGAUCUCCCUUGAUUUAAAAGAUCGUGAGUCAGGUGAAGCACUCCUCCCUCCCCCUAAUCUUUAUUUCAUCUAACAAACAGAAAGUAUUUUAGUAGAUGUAGGUCUUAAAGGCAAUGAAGAAAAAAUACUAGUCAAUAGCUACGCUAUAUUUUCUGGACUUAAGUUUAAGACUACUAGCUAUAACCACGAAGGGGCACCUUUCUUUUUGAUAAUUACAAUCUACUAUGGAAGCAUCAAUGAAUACCAUAAAAAUCAAACCUAAUAAUAAUAGUAAAUGGGAGCAAAUAAAUUAAGUUCGGCGGCCGGUGAUUAAUCAUAAUAAGAAGAAUAAUUAGAAAUUAGAAAACUGGAUGAGCCAAACCCACAAGAAACUCCAAUUUACCUUUACCAGGGCAACCAAGGGUACUAAUUACCAAAAUUUCUCCUCCCCUAUACAUAAAUUCAAGGAAACUAGCAAAAGAAUCUUCUUCAAAAGUACGUUAUUUUUACGUUAAUUCCGUUUAAGAAAUAUCACACCGUUAUUGAACCAUUCGACAUUCAAUCAAUAGAACAGGACCUAUACAUCAGAUCAUCUAAGAUUCAUCGAGUCUAGAAUGUUCUCAACUUGAAUAAUUAAACUUUAACUUUGAAUUAAGGUGUUUAGAGCCAACAAAUGAACAAUCUCAUGAGCUAGUAAUAGCAGUAUUUAAGUAAUGAAGAGAAAAUAACAUCUGAUGUCGUUGGCUUAAUCAAUUACUUUUCUGCUCCAAACAUUAGAAAUAAGAUCAGACAUCCAAUAUUCCUCGCACUUAAGUUCAAUGAAGCUGUUAAGAUCUAUUACAACCCUCGAAAAGUUGCAGAACCUGAUCCAAGGUCUAUCACUACUCGCCUUCAUAGAGACCUUUAACAAGAAUUUUCUUUUGGUUAAUUGGCAGUUUAGGGUCCUAACGGCAGUUAAUACUAAGAUCCUAUCAAUCCAGGUUUGAAUGUGAAUGUUAAGUUCAUUUGCUUUAUCAAUAUUGAAGACAAAAAGAACAUUAGCCAGCUAUUCCUCAAUGAAGAGCAUAAGUAAGAUGAAGAUUCCUAAAUAAGAGGGGGUAAAAUUGAGUAAUUAGACGGACCUAUUGACGAGUUAAGGUUAAAUGAUGAAUUUAAAAAGAGAUUAAUUGAGAAUAAUUUGGAAUUAAUGAAUGGGUAAACUAUUCAAGUGACUACUGAGAGAGACUAAAUUCCAGGGUUUUUUAUACCUCUUGAAAAUCUUGAAGCUAUGAAGGCUGCUGUGUCAAUAGAUAUGGAUCAAAAUAACAUUGGAGCAAUGUUAGGCAAAAGAAAAGAGAGAGAUGAGCCUUAUGAUGAGGAGCAUUUGAACAAUCUAGCUAGAUUUAAUAGUAUGUAGUCAUCCUAAAAUCUCCAAAAUUUGCAACAAAACUAGCAGUAAUCUAAUCAAAUUUAGAAUCUUGACUAGAUUAAGAUCUAACAAUCAACACCUAAUGUCAUUUAUUAGCAGCAAAUACCUGUAGACUAGAAAUUGAUAAUUCAAUAAUAGUAGAUGCAAAGAGCCAUACCUUAAUAUGCAGCUACCAAUCAAGUUUAGGGCUUUAUUCCUACUUAAAUCUAACAACAAAUACCUUAAAAUAAUGGAAUGCAACCGGUUGUUGUUAUCUAAAAUCUUCCUCAGCAAAUGUCAUAAUAACCUUAAAUUCAGACUUAAGGAGGAAUUUAAGUCAUUUAAAAGCUUGACCCUCAGUCUAUUCAGUAAUAGAUUAUACCUUAGACUCAAAAAUCCACUCACACUUAGGGUAUUAAUGACUUAACUAGUUAGUCUGUUACUCAUACUUAAUAAACAUAAUAGUCAGUGUAAAUUCAACAGUAAAUUCAGGCUUAACACUAAUAAUAGCAUUAACAAUAACAACAGUAAUAGCAAUAGCAAUAGUAGUAGCAGUAACAAUAAUAGCACUAAUAGCAACACUAACAAUAACAUUAACAGAUUUAAUAGCAUAUUUUGCAACAAAUUCCUCAAUAGAUUUAGUUAUAGCAACAGCCAACUCUGAUAUAAAAUCCAUAAUAAUAGCUUACACAAUAAUAGAUCUAGCAAAUUCUUCAACAGUAAGGACAUCCACCAGGCUCAGUGAGUGUUAUUCAAGCACCCCUUGGUAUUUAAGGUAAUCCUUUAUAGGGCUAAUAAAUGUACCCCCAACAAACAUUGAUUUACUAGUAGAAUCCGUAGUAAGUUUAGGUAAGUUACCCUCACGACUAACUAUACUAUAAUUAGAGAAUGAUUUAAUUAGUUCCAAACUAAUAAUAUGCAUAUGCGCCAAUGACUAUGGCACCUCCAGGUGCUCAGAUUAUUCAAGGAGGCCAGUUAUUACCUCCUGGAAUCAAUGUUGGGGGCUUAUAGCAGUAGAUUAUCUAGCCUGGUGGAAUAAUUCAAGGACAGUUACCUCCAGGAUUUUAAGGCUAUCCAAUGAUUCAGGGAUUAGGAUUGCAGCCAGGAAUGCAUCAAGCUGUAGGAGGCUAGCUAGGUCAGCCAAUGUAUAUAAAUAUCUAGCAGUAGUAGCAGCCAAAUUAAGUAGGACCAAGACCUUAGUGA